AUGAUUCGGUGUGACUGUAUCUCACUGUGUUCGCUAUCUGUGAUUUCUUCUGCAAAUCUCUCUCUCUCUCUCUCUCUCUCUCUCUCUCUCUCUCUCUCUCUCUCUCUCUCUCUCUGUUUUUCCAUUUUAUCUCUCAGAGUUGAAACGACCAAGAAUGGCAGCGGGGAUGACCCGAUUGUCAUCUCGGAUAUUGAAGCCGCUUUGGAGGCAAACUCGACCCAAGAGGCCAUCAUCUCCAAGCUCGAGGAAAUUUGCAACUUGCUGCCCGCCAGCGAUCGCUAUCAGUGCCGCAAUCAAGUUGUGCGCCUGCUGCCCCAGCUGAAUCAAUCUCUGGACUCGAUUGUCACCAAGUACUCGCCCCGAGCCCUCUGCUCAAUGCUAGGAACGUGUCAAGUCGAUUGCUGUGCAACCCCGUAUCUGCCGGAACAAAUUCACAUUGCCCUCACCACGGACCCCUCGGAAAUGGUUGUCAUGUGGACCACCUUGGACGCCACGCCCACCCCCACGGUCAUCUUUGGCACAUCAUCGACAGACCUGAACCGCAACGUGUCGGCUACGCAAACGUCCUAUUCCUAUGGUGGUUGGAAUGGUCACAUCAAUACGGCCAAAUUGACUGGUCUUGCUCACAACACCACGUACUACUACCGCGUCGGGGAUGCCAGCGUGGCACCCGACUACUGGAUGAAGCCCGCUUGGAGCCAGCCUCGCGAGCUUGCCUUUACCACCCCACUCCCAGCUGGCCCCACCCAGUCCACUCGCAUCGCUGUCAUCGGCGAUGCCGGCGCAACUGACGCCAGCCUGCUAACGUGCGCCCCUGUUUCUGUGUUCCCCCGUACCCCCUUCUUUGAAGCCAAACAUGUGGCCCGUUCUCACCACCACCGACCCAUGUCCUUUAGGUUUUCUCGUCUCCUCAUUGAGCGAGACAGCGCAUAUCAGUUGUUGCUGCACGACGGUGAUAUUGGCUAUGCAGAUGGCUACCAAGCCAUCUGGGAUGAGCACAUGCGCAAAAUGGAGAGCAUUGCGGCCUACGUGCCCAUGAUGACCUCGCCAGGCAAUCACGAGGGCUUUUACAACUUCCACCCCUACAAAUACCGCUUCACCAUGCCGGCCAACGAAAGCGGCUCUUCGGAUCCUCUGUACUACAGCUUCAACUACGGCAACAUGCAUAUUGUCUCGCUCAACUCGGAAGGCUUCAUGGGUCUCUCCGCCCAAGCCAUCACACCGACCUCGCCCAUGUACACGUGGCUGGCCAAGGAUCAUGAUUGUGAGGCGGAAGCCACGGUGCUCCGCGACGGCCUUGAGGCACUCUUUGUGAACAACUCGGUGGAUCUGGUUAUCCAGGCGCAUCGCCACAACUACCAAGUGACCUGGCCCACGGCAUUCGGAACCAACACCAGCCUUGACUACGUGGCCCCGACCGCCCCGGUUUACAUUGUCAACGGUGCCGCAGGGAACAAGGAGCAUACCAUGGGACCGGGCUCUUGUGAGCAAUCUUGGUGCCGCAUUGGGCUCGAAGAAUAUGGCUACGCCAUUAUGACAAGCAGUGACCCCACCAAGCUGCAAUGGACUUAUUACGCCUCGGCUGAUGGCAGUGUGCUGGACGAGUUUACGAUUACCCGACCCUCGCACCCCAUCGAAGCCUAG